AAAUAAUCUAUACAUAUUAUCUAUACAAUAUUCACUAGAGUAAAAAAGUGUGACAACUAGCCCCGAUCUCCUCUUUGUUACGUCACAGGUGAGUAUAUCGUGGGCGCGGCCUCGAGCGCUCACACCUGAAUUUCACAACCGAUGUUAUUUGACGUUAUCCACAGUGCACGAGCGACAAGGGGAAAGCGAGUUUACUUUAAAACAGUUUAUUAUUAUUAUUAUUAUUAUUAUUUUGUAAAUAAGACGUUUCCACAUAUUCCAUGUAACAUGUUUGUCUUUUAGCUUGCGCAUACAUUUUGAGAAUUAUGUGAAUGACUCGAAAUUCAUCAUAAACUACAUCACCAGGAAAACGUGUUUAUGGCUUCCUGUCUGUGUCGAUACCGCCGGCAGAUCUUGUUCUUCUGUUCGCCGUGCAUAUUGCUGCUCCCAGUCUACAUAUAUGUCUCAAUUGCUUUGUCCUAUGUCAUGAAGCAUGGGGCACCUGGUGCACAUGUUGUUCAUUCUGUGCUGCCGACACAUUUCACUGCCAGCGGUCUCAAACACUCCAGAGAUCUGGCUCCUCAUCCUGUCAAACCCUUCUGGAGAAACGAGCCAGAUAGUAGCGCUCUGUGGAACAUCAUCCAGUUCAAGACGGAUCUCCAGUAUAACCCUAUCCUAAAGCCUCAUCUGGCUGCAAAAACAUCCAGUGUUUCUUACAACACAGAAACAUCCAGAAGGACUGGGGUUGAAUGUUCUCCAAAUUAUGAGAUUAACAAUAUAAUGCAUGAUUAUGCUAAUCUACCAAUCCAGAUGAAGAAUUUUGUGACCACUAUGCACUGUCGAGACUAUCCGCUGCUCAUAGAUCCUUUAGAUGUUUGUGAUGCUCAAGCAAAGAAAACGGCACCGUUAUUGCUCAUGGCCAUCAAAACUCAGACUGCAAACUUUGAUAACAGGGAAGCCAUACGAGAAACUUGGGGGCGUUCAGGAAGAUUAAAAACCAGAGGUGGACGGCAAAGGCUCGUUCGCAGGGUCUUCCUUCUGGGGAGGUCCAAAGACUUGCAAAUUGAAGAGAAAUUGCAUUUGGAGAGUGAAAAGUAUGGUGAUAUCAUCCAGUGGGACUUUAUGGACACCUUCUUCAACCUCUCCCUGAAGGAUGUGCUGUUCUGGGACUGGUUUGCAAGAUGCUGCCCACAUGCCCAUUUCAUUUUUAAGGGUGAUGAUGAUGUAUUUGUGAGGACACCUGCUGUCCUGGACUAUCUUCUAGCUGAAGCAGCAAACCAAAGCUUCUCAAAUGGAUCCAGGCAGGCAAAUAAAAUGGAGACGUUUGUUGUGGGGGACGUGAUAAGCAAUGCCGCACCUAUACGCUCUAAUGGAACGAAGUACUACAUCCCAGAGAGUUUCUAUAAAGGGCUGUACCCUUCAUACCCUGGUGGAGGAGGGAUGCUUUACUCUGGUUCUCUGGCACAUAGGCUUUUAGAGGUGUCACAGAGGGUUCAUCUGUUCCCCAUUGAUGACGUCUACCUGGGUAUGUGUCUUCAGAGACUGGGAGUUUACCCUGUCCACCACCCUGCCUUCCUCACCUUUGACUUCCCCAAAGAUGAGCCCAAGGAACCCUGUGCGAAUCACACCAUCCUGCUGGUGCACAAGCGAAGCCCAGCUGAGAUGUUCCAUCUUUGGACUGAAACGUCGACACCCAGCACUGAAUGCAGAAAUGCAACGCUGAGAGUCAAACCUAGGCCUGUCUGAGAGCCACAGACUCAUCUUUUUUUUAAAGCAAGCUCUCAUUCUUACUGAACACUUGAAAACUGAUGUUAUGCAUUGUGAGGUAUAUUGUAUAAUUUUUUGUUUGGAAUAUUUUUUACUUUUAUAUGUUGAUGCAAUAACUGCCUAGAAGUUUUAUAAACAGGGUUUCUGCAGGUUUUAUGAUGGUAAAUUUAAGACCUUAUUUUAAGACCAAGUAAAGAAAUUUAAGGAAUUAAUUGAAAUGAAUAACCAAGUCUAGGGAGUUGUAUUAGCGACAUAUGAACAUUUAAAAAUACAACUUUCAACUCUGCUCCCAAAAAGGUAUAAUAAGAGUAUAAUAGUCAUAACUUUUAUUGUACGUUUUUCAGUUUGCCGUUUUAAGUAUAAAUGUCUAAAAAUCGAAAUCUCAUCUAAAGUCUUGUUUUAGGCAUAAUCACAUUUAAAUUUGUUAGAUUUGUCAGAAAAAAAAGACAAUGUUUUGAUAUAUUUGCAUUGUUUAAAAAAAUUAAAUAAAGACAAACUGAGACAACAGUUUAUGAACUUUUUAAGGGCUUCAUUUGCAGAAGGGU